GUUAAUCAAUCCCGAUACAUAAAAGUUAAAAGUAUGCGAUAAACCGUUGUAGUACCAGUCAAAAGUUUUCACACAUUUUCUCUUCAGAAAGCGUGUUCAAACAUUUGACUGUUGCUGUACGCGGAGGCUCGCAUCCAACAGUCACCAGUGCACGCUACCUGCACAGCUUUCACACAGCGUGUGUCCUUUGCAUAGAGUAGGUAAGGGAAGUGGGUAAGAUGAGAGGGAAUGGUUCCGAUUUCCUGUUAUCAGUAAAGAACUAGCAGCCGUCCCGAAACCUCUUUUGUGUUGUCACAAAAUGCCGCCUUAGAGCCCAGAGGAGGAACGCUGUACGUGACAUGUCUUCUACGGCCUCAGCCCCUCGUUGGAUGAUCACACUUCCCUAAUGCUGCAGCCUCAACGUGACAGCAGUGCGCCUGCAUUGCCGCUCGCCACAUUUUGUUCCGUGUGGUUACCACUGCCUGCAGUGAAAGCAAGCAACCCAAACCGCAGAGAUACAGGUGUGCAACAGCCUGAGUGGAGCUUCUAGUGGGCCUCGUGUGAUGUCCGGCACAACAACCGUCGAUGCGACGCAAAAGGUUGUUGGCGGUACCAGCUGUUUUAACAGAAUUAUGUAUUUGAGAAAAGCUUUUUAAAAGGAAUGUCUGUUUUUAUAUUUUGCUAAAUACUUUAUAAAACUGUAUCAGGACUUGAUAUUUUAAGGAGGUUUUUUUUCACACUGAAACGCCAUAAAUAUGUCUGAAACUGGGUUAAUAUGCCUUGGUGCAUUUAAAAAAAAGAAGAUUGUAUUGGUACAAACACUGAAAUAAAUAUUGACUUGACACUGUUAGAUACAGAAGUGAAAAGGAAAUAAAUGUACACCAUUUAAGAAAAGACAAACUGUUCUAUCUUGGUAAUCAUUGUAUUUCUCCAGAAUAAGACCACAUAGACACAAGCACGAACUUCUAUAGUAAGCAAGUCAAGAUAAGAAUGUAGCGCCAUGCUGAGCUUCAGAGGACUGUGACCCUACUCAGAUAAAGAUACACGCAGACCCACAAUUAGUAAAAACAAAACCAGGGUCUCCGUCAUACCCGUGUAGACACCUCCAAAAGACAAAAAAAAAAAAUCCAUGCAAAUUCACACAAGUGGUGCUUGUGUUUCAUUCAUGUGGAUAACGUGUGCACAUUGUCUUCAACAUUUUAUUUUAACAAUUGGUAUAGAUUUUGGUUCACAUUUUGAUUGUAGUCUGUGGUUUUCUCACAUGAUACUUCAGGGCUGAGGAGACUUUUUUUUUUUUUUUUCAUUUCAACAAAAGGGAAACCACCAUCAAACGCAGACAUCAGCUCGUCGUGCUCGCUGGCUUUGACUGCAGCGGGCCUCUCUCAGUCAACAUGACGUGUGUCAGCGAUCUCCCACACCUUCUGCCAGCUGUGCUGAUAUGGUUUAUCACUUUCAAGUGUUCCAUGUGUUACCCUGAAUUCAAUACAACCGACUACAAUUACUCCGCCAGUCUGGACUACAGUGACUUUCCUGAGCUCUGUGUUACAACAUCCAACGGCCAGUUCCGCAGCUGCUUCAUGCUGCCCUUCUACAUUAUCAUCUGCCUUCUCGGGCUGGCGGGGAACCUGCUCGUCAUCCUCACCUUCUUCUACUUCAAGCGCCUGAAGACCAUGACGGACGUGUACCUGCUCAACUUGUCCUUUGCGGACCUGCUCUUCGCUCUGUCGCUGCCCUUUUGGGCAUACAACUCCACCACAAAAUGGAGGCUGGGUCUGACCAUGUGCAAAGCAAUGUACACAAUUUACAAGGUCAGCUUAUACGGCAGCAUGUUUGUUCUCGCUUUCAUCAGCGUGGAACGCUACUUUGUCAUCGCCAAGGCCAUCUCCGCUCACCGCUACCGCUCCCGAGCACUGUUUCUCAGCAAGGUGUCAUCAGUCGGCAUCUGGUUGAUGGCACUGAUCUUCUCCAUACCAGAAAUGACCUACACCGCAAUCAUUAACAACACCUGCACGCCUUACAGCAGCUACUCUGACAUGCUCCACGUCAAAAUAGAGGCCAGCCAGAUCGCUUUGGCUUUUGCUCUCCCGCUCCUGGUCAUGAGCAUCUGUUACAGCAGGAUUGUCCAAACCCUGUUCCAGGCUCGCGGCUUCGAACGCAACAAGGCCAUCAAGGUGAUCCUCGCCGUGGCGGCCGUCUUCCUGGUCUGCCAGAUGCCCUACAACCUGCUCCUGCUCCUGAACACGGUCGUCAUAGCACAAGGAAGAAGCGAAGACUGCUACUACCAGAACACUUUCCUCUACGUCAGCGAUGUCGCCCAGUGCGUGGCAUUCCUGAGGUGCUGCCUGAACCCCUUCGUCUACGCCUUCAUUGGUGUCAAGUUCCGCCAUGACCUCCUCAAGCUCAUGAAGGACUUGGGCUGCAUGAACCACGACUGUUUCAUCAAGUUCAGCGGGGGCAGGAGGAGGAGCUCAGGGGCCACCGACACGGACACCACCACCACAUUCUCUCCUUAACGCUGCUUCAGUAGGAGAAACAUCCCAUUCACAAGCGCAGACCCCACAAAGGACGAUUGAACGCGAUGACAAAUGUCUCACCUGAAACCCAAGACAUAUGUAACAUGUACAUAGCAGAGGUUAAAUGACAAUUUUAAGGUUUUAUUUUUUUUCUCUUUUUUACUGCAUUUUGUUCAGUUGGGACAAAAAACGGUUAUUUUUUUAUCUGUACAUAACAGUAUUUCAAGAAAUUCACAAAAUCAUGAAAACUAUGUUCAAUAAACUGAACAAAGCA